GAGGAAAAUUUUCUCCCUGUCUUGGAUGCCACAAACAAGUGACUCGUGAGUGUGACUCUCGUUUAAUAGUGGAAAAUAGUGCAAAAGUGAUCAAUUAUCGCCGGAAAAUAGUGAAAAAGUGUACCCGAGUGGGUGGGGAACAAUUCAUAACAAUUUUCGCUUCAGCUCGAGUCUGGCCGCACAAUGUCAGCUCAGCAAUUCUCUCUCCGGUGGAAUAACUACACCAACUACAUUACCGGAGCGUUCGAUUCGCUACGCUACGAGGAAGAUCUCGUAGAUGUGACGCUCUGCUGUGAAGGGCGCAAAAUCCGCGCUCACAAAAUCCUCCUAUCGGCAUGCAGUGCGUACUUCAAGGAGAUAUUUAAAGAAAAUCCCUGUCAGCAUCCGGUCAUCAUAUUCAAGAAUGUCAAGUACACCGAUCUCAUGUCGAUCGUGGAGUUCAUGUACCAAGGUGAAGUUAGCGUGGUACAAGAAUCGCUGCCAUCGUUCUUGCAUACGGCCGAGCUACUCUCGAUCCGAGGACUUACGGAUAACAGCGGAGAUACCAGACAGCAGCAGACUCAACAAGCAACAUCUUCACUGGCUCAGCAGAUCAUCCAGACACAAAAUCAAACUCUGCUGGAUAAGGCAACGAUUACGACGGCUGAAUCCGUAUAUCUUACAUUGCCGUCAAAUUCCACCAUCGUCCAUCAACCUGCGAAGCUUCUGCAGGCCCAAAUUCAAACCACUCCACAAAUUCUGAACAAAACCAUAAUCAAAACGACUCCCGCUGAAAUUCCUUCGUUGACAGCCACAGGUGCCACCAUUACCGUCCCAAUCUCCCAACCUCAGCAACAGCAGACCAUUGCCGCCAAGAUCCAUGUUCAACCGCAACAAACGGCAACAGUACAGCAGCAGCAAACUCAACAGGUUCAAGUUCAGCAACAAGUUCAAGUUCAAACCCAACAGCAGCAGCCUCAACAGCAACAGCAGCAAACUCAAGCCACUACUCUGCAGGAGGUAGUCGACAGUGUCGUCAGCCAGCCCAAGAAGAAAAAAAUCAAAGUACAACAAAUCAUAACGUCAACACCGAAUCAAUCUAUAGCAGGCGGAACUACGACAACGGUUGUGACUGCUCAAAUCCCACAAAGUGCAGCCACUCAGGUAGCGGACACGGAAAUCUACGAAACGUCAACGGAAACCUAUCACAUUACUACGGCCAAAUCAGAAGCGGAGGACAACCGGGUACAAGAACAAGAGCAAGUCGAAUCCUACGCAGAAUCGGCGCAAGCAACAGGCGCUUCGUUGAAAAUGGAAAUACCAGAAUACAUCGACUGUGGCGAAGCUAUCAACACAUCCAAUGCGAACAAUACGUCCUAUAUUCAAGAAGAAAGCUACGAAUUGGUCGGUGAAGCCGAACACAUUGAAAAAGAUGUGGACGACGAGGAUAUGAAUCAGGACAACAUCGAAAUGGAAGCCACGGAGAUGGAUAUGAGCCGUAUUUUCCAGGGAGCAUCCGAUGAGACUAAGGCAAAUUUGCUGCAAGUUUCCCACUCAUCCGAGAAUAAGCAACUGCACACCUGUUCCGAGUGUCACCGGCAGUUCUGCUCGAUGAAUGCAAUGAAACGACACAAGCUAGCCAAGCACGGCGAUAACAAGGUCUCAUACAGCUGCGUGAUGUGCAAUGCGACGUUCAAAACGAAAUGGUCCCUAUCGACACACAAGAGCAAGUAUCAUCGUGAUAAGGUAAUGGUUCUCCCGGUAAAGACGGAAGUAUCCGAUAGUACACCUUCUACACCUACCGCAGCCAUAAUCAGCACAACAAACAGUACAACGCCAGGAACCCCGACAGCAACUCCGGUACCGGUUGCGGUGCGUAAACUCGGGCAGACUACGGUUACACCGGCGAGUAUCAGCAGGAAGACUUUUCAAAUAUCCACCAGCGGGAGGAUCACUCCAUGAGGGACGAUAAAUCCGGUAAAUUGUGCUGCAACUUCCAACAAAUCAUCAGAACCGAAGAAGCAAUCACCGGAAGCGAGAAAAUCAAUUAAGACAACUAAGUUAUAAAGUUCAUGAAAUUCGAAUCGUAUGUUACGAUGGCUAGUAGCGCUUUGUACAAAUGCAAAACUGUUUCUUUUUAGUUUUUUUUUUCGUUUGAACAAUGCGAGAAUAGUUAACAGUUUUUUCGCAAUAUCUCAAUUGAAUUUUGUUCAAUUUAAGUUAAAAUCAACUCUUUUACUUUGAAAAUUUAAUUAGGGACGGUAAGUAAAAAAACAGUGUAAGGAAAUGUUCACUGUUGGCUAUUGCAUAUUGCAUUACUAAUUGUGAGAAGAAGCAGAACAUACUUUCAAAUUGUGAAAAAAUCUUAACCGCCAGUAGAACUCAUUGGAUGGAAAAAUCAAAUACUUUUAAGCUGAUGACUGUAGUGAAAUGUUUGUGAAUAAGAAGCCUUUUCAUAUGUGUAA